AUGUCUGGCAACAAAAUAAAUCCAACGCGCACCGUCGACAUACCACCCUACGAUGGUUCCGAGUCCUUCACGGUGUGGCUAAGACGCUCGAAGUUCUAUUUGCGGGAGAUCGCAGAGGCCGACAGGCCCUGGACGUUACUCAAGGCCCUCGCGCCUAAACAGUUGGAUAAGGCGCUCGACGCUGGUCUCGACGCCGAUCUUCCCUUUGACGCGCUUUGCCAACGCCUGGCUAACCUGUUCAGCCAUACCUACUCCUUCGGCGACGCAAUGGAACGGUUGCAGAAACGGAGGUUGAACCAAGAGGAAACCCUUAACCAGCUGGUGGAGGAUCUGCAACGCCUGACAACGGUGGCUUUUCCCUCUUUGGGCUCUGCAGAUAAGGAUAACACCGUACUCUAUUAUUUUAUUAAAGCGCUGCCGACAUCCGACCUUUCACGGUCACUGUUGUUGCAGCCGCCGGACAGUUUACAAGAGGCCGUCACCAGGGCCGAACGCUACCUGCGAUUGUGCCCUCCAACCUCCCGUCCCCUUCCUCCUGAAGAGGGACACGGUCGAGAUGCCCACCCUACGUCCGCGGGACCAGGUACCUUCUAUCCCCCACGACGUUUCAGCGGCCAAACACGACCACCCUUCAAUCGUCGAGGAGGACCGUUUCGCCGGCCAGGUGGACAAAUGCUUCCCAGAAACCACAUCUGCACCUGUCAAAGGCCAACGGGUACGGUCUCUAUUACUUCUUGCACCAGCUCUACUUUAUCAGUUACCCCUUUUUAUGCCACAGUAACCGUAGCUGGUCAGACUGUAAAGGCGUUGAUUGAUACGGGAGCGACGGUAUCCCUAGUUAACCCACGGGUCUUACAACCGGGUAUACAGCGCCAGCGUAAUGACAUUCACCAUCCAGGGAGAUUGACCACGGCCGACGGAUCACGCUUAAUACACCAUGGGACCGUGCCGCUCACCGUAACGCUCCCCUAUUUCACAGCCGAACAUAGUUUUAUCAUAACACCCCAUCUCACGUGGGACAUACUCCUCGGGACUGAUUUCGUCGCGCGUUACGAAUGCCACAUUGACGUACGGAAUAGGCGAAUUGAGUUCCGACAUACCGACGCGGAAGGCCCGGCUGAACCCCAGAUCGUAGGCGAAACGGCCGCCUGUGCCGCAAUCCAAGAGGCAGUUAAAAUUCCUCCGACGUCUAUCGACGAUAUACUACCCACGACAGAUCGGGCCGAUGUAGAGACAGAGACACUUAAACGGAUGUUACUUGGGUUUCACGAUGUCUUUGCGUGGGACGAGUACACUGUGGGCAGAACCAGUUGUAUACGACACGCUAUUGAAACCGGCACAGCGAAACCAAUUUGGCAACCGCCACGGCGCAUCCCAGCCCAUUUGCAGAAGGAGGUCUAUACGUUAUUAGAUAGUAUGUUGGCGACGGGGGUGAUAAAACCCUCCCGUUCGCCUUGGGCAUCACCAGUGACUUUAGUUCCAAAGAAGGACGGCAAAAUACGUUUCUGUAUCGACUACAGACGCUUGAAUGCCGUGACCACACGAGAUUCGUUCCCUUUACCACGUAUCAAGUGUACACUUGAUGCCUUAGCUGGGUCCCGAUGGUUCUCCACUUUGGACCUAAAGUCCGGCUAUUGGCAAGUGGAAGUAGAGCCAGCAGACCGCCAAAAAACGGCGUUCAUCCUCCCACAAGGAUUGUACGAAUUCGAAACGAUGCCUUUCGGCCUCUGUAACGCGGCUGCUACAUUCAAACGGCUGAUGCAGGUAGUGUUGUCACACCUCUAUCCGCGCCAGUGCCUCAUCUACCUUGACGAGGUUAUUGUCUUCGGCAAAACUAUCGCCCAGCAUAACGAUAAUCUACGCGCCGUGCUCCUAGCGUUGCGCGAGGCAGGCCUUACGCUUAACCCACAGAAGUGUCAAUUCCUGCGAGAAAAGGUUAAUUACCUAGGACACGAAGUCAGCCCGUCGGGUAUCAAAGUCUCAGCUGAAAAGGCGGAAGCUAUCCUCACUUGGCCGACGCCAAACUCCACCACGGAAGUCAGAAGCUUUAUCGGGUUGGCGUCUAAUUACAGACGGUUUAUUCGCGAUUUUGCAGGUAUUGCGCGUCCGUUACACCGACUUACAGAAAAAGGGCGCGAAUUUCGUUGGACGGACGAAUGCCAGGCCGCGUUUGAUGAGCUGAGAACCCGCCUGUCGAGAGCACCGAUACUUAUGCUCCCCAAUACCACCGAGACGGCGCCACCCUUCGUACUGGACACGGACGCCAGUGCUUUCGCCAUGGGAGGUGUACUUUCGCAAACCGACGAUAACGGCCUAGAACGCGUUAUCUGUUUCGCUAGUAAAACACUCACUAAGCCCCAACGAAAUUGCUGCACAUAUCGACGUGAAUUAUUGGCCAUUGUCACCUUCGUUAAACAAUUCCGGCCAUAUCUGCUAGGAAAGUCGUCUGUCAUACGCUCCGAUCAUAAGGCCCUGCAAUGGCUACAAAACACGAAGGACGCAGAGGGUCAACUUGCUCGCUGGCAGGAAAUGCUACAGGAAUAUCAUUUCACUUGUACAUACCGCCCCGGGAAACAGCACGGCAACGCCGACGCCUUGUCCCGACGGCCAACAACACCAGCCACACACGAUGAAGACCGCGCGUUAGGCGAAAUAAACGCCAUUUACGCCAGCGAACCAGCUAGACAUCAUUGGGCAAUAGCCCAGAGCACGGACCCCGAUACCGCAGUAGUUUACGACCACCUGUUAAACCGGCGACACCGUCCUACGGACGAUGAAUUGCGUGGGUCGUCAGAAGAAGCACAUAUACUGCGGUGCCAAUGGCCACGGCUGCAUAUCGACGAAGAUAUCCUUCUCAUUAAGGACGAGAGCACAAAAACCGACAGAGUAGUAGUACCAGGCAGCCUCGUACACGUGGUCCUCACGGAUCUACACAACGAGUUAGGCCACGUCGGACAAGCCAAGACAGAAGCCGCCACUCGGCAACGAUUUUGGUGGCCCCAUCUACGAGAACACGUCGCCACCUUCUGCAAUACAUGCACCACGUGCGCGACGUUCAAGGCACCUAGACAACUCCCACGUGCACCGUUGCAACCCAUGCACACUAGCUUUCCGUUCCAGCGGCUGGGCCUGGACAGCAUCGGGCCCCUCCCCUUUACGACAACCGGUCAUCGGUUCAUACUGGUGAUGGUGGAUUAUUUCACCAAAUGGGCAGAGGCUGUGCCGCUAUUACGACAGGACGCAGUGUCGCUCACCAACGCAAUCUUUAACAACUGGAUUUGCCGGUUCGGUGUUCCGUUGUCAAUACAUUCCGACUGCGGGGCUAACUUCGACAGCAAACUGCUGCAAGAGGUUUGUGACCUCCUCGAUAUCUAA